AAUCCUAACAUUCAACAGAAAAUAUCAAUAAAGCUUUGAGAUUUUAAAAAUAAAUUAACACAAUAUCAACACUUUAACCACUCGAAUCAAAUCACACGUAAAUAAUAAAAAACAGUUGAGGCGGUUGUCUUCAACAUAAAAACCAUAUAAAUGGCCAACUCGAGUUCCCGUUUUAACGCCAUCUCUUGGUUUAUGAGCGUACAUGAAUGUACAUGAAAUAACAGUUUCCUUUCGCUUCUGGCCGCAUACAUCGAAUUUGAAAAAUAAAAUUUGUUGUUGGUUGUAGCGCGCCCUCUAUUUGAGAAUAGUGUAUUUAUUUACAUUCAAGUAACUUACAUUUAUGAUAAAAUAUUAGCUAAAUAUUGAUUUUUUUACAUAAUAAACAAUUAAAUUGAAGAUUUAUUUGUUUUUUCUUGAGUUUUAUGGAAAAUUUAAAGGUUACAAAUUAAAAAUCUUCAAAGCAACAGAAAACUAUAAUUAAAGAUAUCUUUGUUUAACGUAAUUUUAAACUAACAGAUGGAAUAAUCUAGAAGAUGGUUGGUAAUAAGCUAGUUUGAGGUCGCUGCAGUCGACUUCAUUUCAUUUCACAAAAAUAAAAAAUAUAUCAGCAUCUUGGGUAACAAGGUCAUCAACAUUGGGUUUGAUGAGAUCGAAAAGUUCUAAUCUACAAAAUAUAUAAAUCGCGGCUAACAUGUAGUUAUAAGUGUGAUUUACAAUUUUGUGUUAAUAUAUCAGAGGGGAAUGCCUACGUCUCCAAAAAUGUUCCUGCCGACAUAAUAUCCACAACAAACUAUUGUGCAUUUAUUUCAUAAAAUGUAAUAAGAGUGGUGUGUAUAAUGUCCGAGAUAAACUUAUUAAAUGAACAACCCUCAACAGAAAGUUGUUCAACAAUAUUAAAAAGUGACAUUGAGUUAAAAACUAACGGUGAAAUGUGUAACUUUCUACCUAACAAUAAUAUAUGUGAGGACAUAGUGUCUUCAAACAGUGCUAAAUUUGAUACCGAUAUUGACACUGAGUGUGACACCCCACAAACUACAACAGAAUCUAGUGAGCGAGACGAAGGAAUGGAAGGUAUAAAGGAAGAUACUGAAGAUGAAAGUCUUGAUGGUAAAUUCCAUCCGGAUCCAGAUUCUCAGGAAGAUGACGAAGAUCCAUAUAACAUCAACAAUGAUAAGUCCUUUGAUGAUGAUGUCAAUUAUGAGCCAUGGGAACAUAGGAACGGUGUUGUGAAAAAAAGUAAUAAAAAGAAAAAACUAUCUAGCGGGCCGGGAAGGGGCCGUCCAAGAAAAGCUCUCGUGACCAUGUACCAUAGCCAGAUCAGUGGAGAUAAAAAUGCCAUAAAAAUUCGAAUCAAGAAAAGUAAUUUUUGCACCCAGAUACCGCCAAGUAAAAAGAAAUCUGGUAGACGGAAAAAACACAAAGGGAACUCGGACACAGACGCAUCCGAUUAUGAAAAGAAGCCGAAACGUUCUAAACCUUCCAACACUGAAAAUGACGUAUCUAGUACCCAGGAACAAGAACCAUUGGAACAAAGUGUAUGGGGAGAUCCUGAAAAACUUCCAGCUUCAAUAUUAGAGAGGAUAUUCGAUCAUGUUGUCGUUCAGGAAGGUUGUCUACCUUCACUUGUAAGAUUUGGUAAAGUUUGUCGUUUAUGGCGGGACGUUUCAGUUACACCGAAACUGUGGCAUAAAGCAGAUUUGAACUAUGUUAAAGAAAAAUAUAGAACCGACCUACGACUUCAUUGGCUCAUACUGAACAGACUUGUAGAAUGUCAGGAUUUAAAUAUGGGCGAAUGGAAAAUUCGUGACAUCCAAGCCUUUUUAGAAGCCCUAUGUGAGCAUUGUACUAAAUUGAAAGGUCUUAAUUUAAGUGGAUGGAAAGGUAUAUCGCCUGAUCACUUGAAAUGUAUUUCUACCGAAAGCAAAACUUUAGAACGUUUAGAUUUGUCUUCUAUAAAUUUCACAUCCCCAAUAAAUGCACAACCAUUAGUUAAUUUAACACAAAGUAUGGGUGGUCGUUUAACGCAUCUAGUGCUGGCACACAAUAAAAUCGCUAACUUUUCACAAAUUAUGGCAGCAAUUUCUACAAAUUGUCCGAAUUUGCACCUUCUGGACAUCUCAAAUAUCAGGACGUUUGCUCACAACAUGUCUUUGUUACAUAUUGAAAAAUUACAAAUUGGUUGUCCUGAUUUGAGGGUUCUAAGAAUCACUAAUAGUCAAAUUUGGUUGGCAGCAGCUAGUCUAACGGAACAAGUAGCCUCACCAGGUUUUCCUCGAUUGGAAGAACUAUCUCUUGCAGGAUUAGAAGAGGAUCAAACUACUACAUCCCGAUCUGUAGAUGAUGAUUGUAUUGAACGUUUGUUAAAAAAUAGUAUGAAACUUCGACUGUUAGACGUUAGAGGAUGCAGCAAACUUACCGAUUCUGGUUUAGUGAGAGUACCGGCUUGGGACCUUGAACAUUUAUUUUUAAGUGCUUGUUAUAUAACUAGAUUACAAAAUUCCGGUUUGGAGUUGAUUGUUCAAAAAUGGUCUCACAGUUUGGUUGAGGUCGAUUUGGCUUGGAGUACUGCUACAAAUCCAUUAGACGCUGCGGUAUUAGCUCUGGCUGAAAAAGGAUCCGAAUCAAAAUUAAGAUUUUUGAAUCUUUGCGGAUCCUCCGUCAGCCUAGAACCAGUUAAAGCAGUAUUGGAAAAAUGUCCGAAAUUGUAUUCGAUAAAUUUGCAAUCGUGUCGGGCGUUACCUCGCGGUAUAAAACGUCUUUACACUGGUAGUCAAGUUGAUGAAUUGCGCAAAAGUUUACAGGAUAAGCCAAAGACUGAAGCGAGCGAAUCGGAAGCAGACCAGUCACCGGCGCAAACUACAGUAUCUCCCAGAAACGAGUAAAAAGGUUGUUGAGUAUAUAUUUUCUCUUCUUUUUAAUUUUUUUCUCAUUUCUGAUUCUAUUAUUUUAUUAUCAAUUAAUAAAUUUGUUGAGCAAAAGUGGGAUCACAUUAUAUUUAAAAAAAAAAUGAAGUGAAUAUAUUUGAAUUAUGUUUUUAUUAAAUUUUAUAUAGAUUGACAAAUGAUUAUUUUUUACAUAAUUUUUAUUUAUUCAGUUAAACUGAGACUAAUGCCGACUACACCCUGUAAAUAUAUAAUAUUUUGGUUAUGGUGCUCUGUAUAUCUACAAAUUUCAUUUUUACCCUAUUCCAAGAUACAUCGAAAAAUAAAAA